AUAUAGGUGUGACGCGUAUGCCAAGUGAUGUGUUCGUUUCUAGAGACGACGCCCAAAUUUUUAUAAAGUGUGCGUGUGCGAAGUUAAGGUUAAGUCAUACACUACUUGUUUACAACGUAUUAUUUGAAAUAAAAGAAAAAAUUAAUAAUUAAAAAAAAAAAAAAUAAUGGCAAUCCUUCAGUCAUUCUGGACACCAUGCAUUUGGACAAAUGGAAUAAAAAAUGGUUGUAGAGUCGUUGCAUUUUACACUAUUGCCGUUUGUAUUAUUUUAAUAACAUUAAUAAUAUAUCAACUGAGAGGAGGAGAUUCAGCACAACUUUAUAAUCCUCUUUUUGAAGCUGAUGUAAGAAGUUCUAUGAAAGUAUAUGGAUCUUUAUUCAUAGCAUAUUUCUUAUUAUUCAUUGUUUCCUCUGCCCUGAUAUUUUAUGGACUGAGAGAAAGUGUAAGAGGCUAUCUUCUUCCAUGGCUCAUUUUAAUGUUCAUUGUCAUCUUAUUCCAAUUAGUGUUUGGUAUAUGGUUACUGUAUGGAUAUUAUAUCUAUCUUGAUUCUGUACUUCCUGCACUGUGGAAUUGGCUCUGGAUGGGUUAUAACAUUUAUUGCUGGCUUUGCGUGUACUCUAUGUUUAAAAUUUUCGAAGAGCUUCAAUCUCCUAAUAUUGAAUUAUUAUGGCCUUAAAAAAAUGUCAUGGGAUAAAAAAAGAAGUUUGAAAACUUUAAACUAGAAAAUAUUAGAACGAAGGUACAAUACCAAAGUAUAUAUUAUGUUUGACGCAGUUAACUCACGACAUUUUUUUUUUUUUUUUAAAUCUUCAUCAGGGAAGAUUAUCUUAAAAAUUAAAGACAGACUUAAAAAAAAAAGUACAAUUGAAGAGAAAUAUUCUAUUUUCUAAUGGAGAUUUAAUAUUAUAUUCUUAAUUACUGUUUAAAAAUGACCGAAGACUGAAAGUGGCUUAAAUUUUAUAGAAAGCCGACCCGUCCAAAUUCGGUUGUUUUAAAAAUUUAGACCUUUUUUUAAAAAAAUUUUUUGUUUCCUUUGACUUGAAAUUGCAAUUAGGUGAAUUUCUCCACUUUGUCUUCGAAAUUUUUAAUUGCAAUUUUAAAAGUAAAUUUCUCCCUUUUUUUUUGUCUUAUAAGACUUGGAAUUGCAAUUUUUAAUGUAAUUUAGUUUUACAUACUUUGUAACAAAAGUAUACAUAAAAUUUUUUUUAUCAUUUUUAAUUUAAAACAUUCAUCAUCAUAUUUCGUCAAUUUUAAUAUGCAGAAAAUUCUAAUUUUUGUAUAUUUUUUUUACCUUUGGAGAUUCAAGUUUAUUUUUAACACUACAGCCAGUGCCUUUUUUGCUGUAAGACUCAUUUAUUACAUAUCUCGCAAUAUUUCGAACAUAUCGAAAUUUUAAUUAAAAAACAAAAAAGAAAUCUCAUUAGUAUGUAAAUUAGUUUUUAAAGUACUUUGCACAAUUAGUGUAAAGUUUAUUUGCAAUAUUAUAAGAAUUAAGUAGUAAGCUUCAAGCACUGCCUAGAUUAAAUUGUUAUAUACGUCGAUAAAAUGAUGAUCGCAAUGAGAUAUUUGAGCAUUUAAUGCAAAAACUCAUUGAGUAUUUAAAUUUUUCUAAAUAUAUAUAUAUAUAUAUACAUUUGUAAAAUUCCACUUCCGCAAUAAUUUUUUUUUAUACAAUAAAUGUUCUACUACUUUAUAUUUAUAAAAAUUGUAUUUUAUAAAAGAAAUUACAGAUAUAAUACAUGUACAUUAUUUUUUAAAUUUGUAAUAAAGAAUCAUUAUAAAAAAAAA